AUGGCGUCGUAUUCCCAGUCCUACACCGGGUAUGCUGACUUCUGCCACCUAGUCGACUCCUGGGUUGAGGUAUCGUCGCAGCCUUCCUCAUCGUCAUUGUCAUCCGUCGCCGACGAGAUCGUCACCACCGGUCUGCGAGUACAGGAGGCUUCGAGAGCCAGGCGGCGCAAGACGGGUGCACCAACACACUUGAAUAUCACAAGAACGCAGAGCGCGGGCGGCACAAGUAGUCAAGAAGAGUAUGAAGAAAGUGAGAGCGAGUCGGACAGGAUCAUGACAUCUUCAGGCGAGGGCCCUAUGAUGGCCGCGCUAGUGCCCCGAGCGAACAACCGAGUCGACCCGAAUCAGCCCCAGCAGGCUUCGGAUCAGAUGUCAGAUGAUGAUGACGAGAAUAAAACUGCUGUCAACCAUCCUCUCAGACACGAGGAAUGCUUUACGCCCCAACCGAACGCCUUUACGCAUCCACCCGCCGGUCGCCCGCGCAAUGCCAGCCAGACGGUGCCUGGUUCUUAUUUCCCUGCCUCGCGACCAGGCCCACCUAGUCGUCCAUCAACCAGACACUCAGUCCCCAUGGCAGCUGAAACAAGACGACCGAGCCAUCUCCCACAAAAUCCACUCUCACCAUGCUUCAAUGCCGCAGCAGAACACGAAGAAGCCCUUCGAGCCAGUCUCACUGGCCUCUUAUCUGUCGCCGCUGCAGCAAGAGGACUCUCCAAACCCAACAUAAAGCGGCCAAACGAUACUACCGCUGCUCCAAGAACUGGCCGCGUAGACCCUAUGUCCUUCCGCAUCGUCCCUGAAUCCGCGCUCCCUACAACCUCACCGCAACAACUACAAGAGCCAACCUUCAAACCCACCAUCCGCCGCACUUCCACGAAUUCCACCUCCACAACUUCCGAACAACAACAACAACAACAUAAACGCAAAGCCCUCACAACACCAGCUCGCAAUUCAAGUCGAGAACGCAGUCGAGCACUCAAAAAGGCCCGCCGUUCCGCUUCUUCCACUUCAAACUAUGAAGACCUCUACGUCACCCCAACGCUUCUCACCUGGGUUGUUUCGGCGGGUGUGGUGGUUUUCCUCAGUGCUCUGAGUUUCGGAGCGGGGUAUAGCAUGGGAAAGGAAGCCGGACGGUUAGAAGCCGGAGGAGGGGGUGCUUUUGGCGGCACGGAUGAACAGUUGAGACUCUGUGCGAGGGAGGCGGGGAGGUCGGGGAUGGGAUUGAAGAGGAGUCUAGCUAGGGGUGCGAUUCAGGUUUGA